UGCCUUCAGGGUCUCCAACCCUUGGAAACAAAACGACCACCACACAUCUACUGUUCUCUCAACUAUCUGCUUCCUGUGUUGACCAUGCCUGGGUGGAGCUGCCUGGUGACAGGAGCAGGAGGAUUUCUGGGCCAGAGGAUUGUCCAAAUGUUGGUGCAAGAGAAAGAGCUGCAGGAGGUCAGAGUCCUGUAUAGGACCUUCAGUCCAAAACACAAAGAGGAACUGUCCAAGCUGCAGACAAAAGCCAAGGUGACGGUACUGAGGGGAGACAUUGUGGAUGCCCAGUUCCUGAGGAGAGCGUGCCAGGGCAUGUCCGUCAUCAUCCACACCGCUGCUGCCCUUGAUAUCGCAGGCUUCCUGCCCAGGCAGACCAUCCUAGAUGUCAAUGUGAAAGGUACUCAGCUCCUGUUGGAUGCUUGUGUGGAAGCCAGCGUACCAGCCUUCAUCUACAGCAGCUCAACAGGUGUGGCUGGACCAAACUCCUACAAGGAGACCAUCCUGAACGACCGUGAGGAAGAGCAUCGUGAAAGCACAUGGUCAAAUCCAUACCCAUACAGCAAAAGGAUGGCCGAGAAGGCAGUGCUGGCAGCCAAUGGGAGCAUCCUGAAAAAUGGUGGCACUUUGCAUACGUGUGCCUUAAGACUCCCAUUCAUCUAUGGGGAAGAAAGCCAAAUCAUUUCAACCAUGGUAAAUACAGCACUCAAGAACAACAGCAUAAUUAAAAGACAUGCCACAUUCUCCAUAGCCAACCCAGUGUAUGUGGGUAAUGCAGCCUGGGCACACAUUCUGGCUGCCAGGGGCCUUCGAGACCCCGAGAAGUCACAAAGCAUCCAAGGACAGUUCUACUACAUCUCAGAUGACACCCCUCACCAAAGCUAUGAUGAUUUAAAUUAUACCCUGAGCAAAGAAUGGGGCUUCUGCCUUGAUUCCAGUUGGAGCCUUCCUCUGCCCCUGCUCUACUGGCUUGCCUUCCUGCUGGAAACUGUGAGCUUCCUGCUGCGUCCAUUUUACAACUAUAGGCCACCCUUUAACCGCUUCAUGGUCACGAUCUUAAAUAGCGUGUUUACCAUUUCCUACAAAAAAGCUCAGAGAGAUCUGGGCUAUGAGCCACUUGUCAGCUGGGAGGAAGCCAAGCAAAAAACCUCAGAGUGGAUCGGGACACUAGUGGAGCAACACAGGGAGACACUGGACACAAAGUCUCAAUGAUGGGAAGAGGGCAGGGACAUGGCCCCGGGUGUUACCCCGUCCUCCAGCCAGGAACUCAGAAAUAAUCCAACUCUUACAGUUUUAUUUUAUACACUCUCCAACUGGUCUUCAGGUCACCAGAAACCUUAAGAGUCACUGGCCCAGUCACCUGAACAAGGUGCAGGGGACAUCAUGUAGAAGGAAUAAAACUGCCUGCCUCUUGUGACACCUGGGUGUUCAUUCACCUGCCAUGUGGUAUCACAAACAGAAGUAGGAUCUCAGCUGGCAUCAAAACUUCUUCUUUCUUACUUACCCCAUAUUAAGUAAUGUUUAUAGGAAGUAAUGUUUGUAGGUGGGGCUUGAGCUCCCACACUAGAGUCAGGAGGCAAAACCAUGCUGAAGUUCUAUAUAGCAAACCAAACCUGAGAGUACUUUCCUGAUCACUACAAUAGCAAGAGAGCAAGAGCGAGAGUGAGAGCAAGAGCGAGAGAGGGAGGGAGGAAGGGAGGAAAGGGGAUGGAGGGAGGGAGGAAAGGAAGGAGAGAGAGAGAGAGAGAGAGAGAGAGAGAGAGAGAGAGAGAGAGAGAGCAUCACCAUUUCACAUAGGGUGUGAACAGAGUAGGAAAUCCACUUUGUUUCUCAUUUACCAAGAGACCAUCUGGAAAGAAUCUGCCUUUCUUUGCCCCUGUCAUACCAAGAAACCUUAUUUUCGCUUAUUGGACAAUGUUCUAUGGUAUAAAAAAGAAGAGUUGUCUGGUUCUGGGAAUAAAACUAAAUUCCAAGG